AUUUGAAUUUUGGAAAAGCUCGGUCAACUUAUCAACUGUUUGUAAUCGCUAUACACGUGUACAUUACAUUUCACGGUAGCCAAAAAAAUCGUGCAGAAAAGUCAAUAAUCUGCUGAUAAAUUAAAAUUAACAUGCCUGUCAUCCUAACUGUAAACGCAAUGGUGAUGUGUGGUGGAAAACGUGUUUUAAAAAAAAAAAAAAAAGCUGAGUCGUGACGAAGCCCCAAGAAAGGCUCUCCACGUUUUUCAUUUUCUCUUUUUGUUUAUUCAUCUUUAUUAUUAGUAUUAUGAACACUGAACAAACAGAAAGCUGUGUGUGUCAGGCGAUUGCGUUGACUACACGGAAAGCUCGGCUUCGCCUACAGUUCCAUUAAAAUGCAGCACUGAAACGUUUAGCGUGUCUUUUGCUUGCUCCCAGAGCACGUAAAGCUCAUAAAAAUCUACUUUAACGCACUUUUACAGUUACAGGCCUGAGUGGUUACUGAUACUGUUAUACUGCAGUGAACUUAAAACACUGACCCAAAAUUUUGGACUAAAAUUGCAGUACAGUGGACAACAGCAACAUGUACAACAUAUAUGUAUGAAUGUGUGUGAGUAUAUGUAUGUAAUUACACACACACACGUACGUAUAUAUAGGGGCGGACUUAACCAUAAGGCAAAGGUCGGCAAUUGCCAAAACCUAUAUUAACUUAUAGUUAGGUUUUUUUUUGCUUUACUCAAAUUAUAUAUUUUUAAAACUCUAUCGCUAAAAUGGCAUCAGAAUGCUUCAUUUUUAGUGUUGCUCAGGAGGGUGCACCCCUAUUCCACUGGACUAUUCUAUUAUCUCACAUUACUGCACAGCUGCGGAAAUGACAGACAGACAGUGUUCAAAGUAGAUGGAGCGAAGUUCUGUGAAAAUUAAGCGAAACUAUCGAAGCGGGAGGAAAGCAAAAGGAUUAUAGCAAAGUUCCCAAAGAUGUCAAGUGGAGAAGAGUCAAACAUUUCUAGCUACUACUUAGAUGAGAAGGCUUUCCAUCUCUGCUGCAAACUUUUCCUACAGCACUCGGGUGUCAUCAGAGACGGAUGGAGUUGGGCAGAGGUCAAGGGUGGUGAAGAAGGCUACAUAAAAAAGACUGCUAUAAUGCCUGGAAGAUUCUGUUCUUUGCCUAACCAUAAAGCUGAUGAUGGGAUGAGUGCUCUGACAGGAGCAGUUGAGCUGGAUGAUGAGGCAGCUGGGGGUUAUUCAGUAUGUGAGAGCCAAGUUUUAAUGCACUAUGAAUACCAUGUUUUGUACUCCUUCAGCCAUCAGGUGCCUAUACUCUACUUCAGAGCAUCUACAUUAGAUGGACAGCCUUUGUCCCUUCAUGAGGUGUGGAGCAAUAUUCACCCAAACUACAGACAAAGACUACUACAAGGACCUUGGGAUGCACUGACUCAACAGGAACACCCUUUACUUGGCCAGCCCUUCUUUAUGCUCCAUCCUUGUCACACUGAAGAGUUUAUGAGACCACUUUUCAAAAUGGCACAUGCCAAAAAGAGGAAAGUAAACUACAUUGCCACAUGGCUGAGUGUGGUAGGGCCUGUGGUGGGAUUGGAUGUGCCGCUUAGCUAUCACACAGCAUUGAUUGCUCCUGACUGACUCAUUAACAUCUCUCAUGAACUGUUAGAGCUUAAAGAUCAGUAUGCUCCAUCUAUCCUCGCCAUGCCUCUCAUCAUCUGCACAUCUGGUGAAGAAGAGGAAAACACCACAUGGGCAAGGCUCCUACAAGGCUUUGAUUGGUUCGAACAUUGUGUCAAAGAAUUUACUCAUCACCACUGACUAAUCUGUACUUUCAAAAUUUGCCUUUGAGUUAUUUGAAUCUGUAGCUUUUUUCUCUUAUAUCUUCAUUUUGUCUAUUUUUCUUUUUUCUUUAACAGACAUGUUGAAAUAAAAUUUUGACAAAAUUGACAUCAAAA